AUGGAAAGAGGGAGAGGAGGAGGAGGAGGAAGGAACCUGGGAGGCUCUGGCCUGCACAGGAGCAUUUAUUCCCAGUCCCAGCAGCAGUACCAUUACUCGGCCUCCUCCCAGGGGGGCUGUAUGGAGAUCCAGGAGCUGGCCUCCAAGAGGGUGGACAUCCAGAAAAAGCGAUUUUAUCUGGAUGUAAAACAGAGCUCCCGAGGCCGCUUCCUGAAGAUUGCUGAAGUCUGGAUAGGAAGAGGCAGGCAGGACAAUAUCCGGAAGAGCAAGCUGACCCUCUCCCUGUCCGUGGCUGCUGAACUGAAGGACUGCCUGGGGGACUUUAUUGAGCACUAUGCCCACCUGGGCCUGAAAGGCGGUCACCGGCACGAGCACAGCAACGGCAAAGAGCAGCAUCCCCGGAGGCGACCACAGCACCCGCCACCUUCGCCCCCGGUGUCUGUCGGCUCCGAAGAGCAGCCUCACAGUGUCCUCAAAACGGAGUACAUCGAGAGGGACAACCGAAAAUAUUACUUGGACCUGAAGGAGAAUCAGCGAGGGCGUUUCUUGCGCAUCAGACAAACCAUGAGCAGAGGACCUGGCAUGAUGGGUUAUUUUGGCCACAGCCUGGGACAGGAGCAGACGAUUGUCCUGCCAGCACAAGGAAUGAUUGAGUUCAGGGAUGCUUUGGUCCAGCUGAUUGAAGAAUAUGGUGAAGGGGACAUAGAGGAUCGCCGGGGGGGAGGCGAUGAGCCCCCGGAGCUCCCCGAGGGCACAUCCUUCCGAGUGGACAACAAGCGCUUCUACUUUGACGUGGGAUCCAACAGGUACGGCAUUUUUCUGAAGGUAAGUGAGGUGAGGCCGCCCUACCGUAACACCAUCACAGUUCCGUACAAAGCAUGGACACGGUUUGGGGAGAAUUUUAUCAAGUACGAAGAAGAGAUGAGGAGAAUUUACAACAGCCAUAAAGAAAAAAGAAUGGAUGCCAGAGGGGACAGUGGUGAAGAGCAAGAGGGUCUCGAAUAGAUUGCAUUGGACUGGCUGUCUGGCAAAGUAAACAAAACAAAACAAGUAGAAAUUGGAGAGAGGGACUGACCUAUAGUAAUUUCAA